UUUAAGAUUACGAUCAUUUUUUUUUUUUUUUUUUUUUUUUUUAAGACGUUCUUGUUCUAUAAAUAUUCCUCUUCUGUUGGCAGGACUUUUUUUUUUUUUUUUUUCAUUUAAAGUUUUUAAUUUCUAGAAAUAGCAACGUCAUGUCAGCAAGUGAAAAUGUCCCCGUCGAAUAUAGCCCGAAUGUUUGGAAUAUUUCAUAUUAUUAUGUCACGGUAAACCAGAUAUCCGAUUAUUAACCCUAUGUGCGAACGCUUUCACUAGUUUGAAAGUUCUCAUUCUAUCGGCAGAUCACUGGGCUUCAUUUCAAGAGAUAAAUGCUACAGCGAUAUUAUUUGCCGAUAGAAGAAGACUAUUGCAAGCUUGAAACGAGUGAAAAUGCCUAGAGAUAGGUUUAAUAAUCGUAUACGUGCUUUGCCGUAAGCAUAUCGUUUGAAAUUCUAAACAGAUCGGACUACGUGCGAGGUAUUUGCGGUCGCUGAGACGUAAUGUUUUGCAGCGUAGGAUAAGAAAAAAAAAUGGAAGCUUGUGUAUUCAACGUGAACAAACAGGCAGAAUAAUGUUCUGUUUUAUUUAGAAUAAAUCCAUAACAAGAAAUAUUCGAAACAUUCGGAAAUAUUUGAAAUAUUUUUCACUUGCUAAGAAAUGAUUAUUUUGAGUUUUCCUGCGGAUUUUUAGUGGGAGGAGUAACGUUUCCUAGUAACCGGGUUGUCAGUGUAAGUUUUUAUGAGUGGAACUCAACGCCUUUGAUCACAGGGGCUGUUUCUAAAAUGUUGGCAUCCCUAAACGUCAUCCUACAUCUUAUGUCCCGCUGCCACCUCUAUAAGAGGGCAUGUUUCUGUGGUUGCCCCGCCCGUGAUGACAUCACAGCGUCCGAAGUUCGUUCGGUUUUAUUAUAUGAUCACGUAAAAAUCCCUCUCCAACAUUACCUCGAGUAUUGUAUCAUUAAUAAGUCGUAUAUUCUCAGGCCGCUCUGUCUCAAACGUCGUUUUUUCCGUUAGUGUGACUGUUGAUUAACGAGGAAAUUCUUUUUUUUACUGUCUGUAUUGAAGAUUUGCCGGAUCGGGUCUUUAUGGUUUGAGUAAGAAAAGGCUCGCUGCGCUUGAUUUAACCCUGUCAUAUUAAUGGUCCAGGCUGAAUUCCUGUAAGCUAUAAAAGUCAAGGCUAGUAGUCAGAUGAGUGAAGUCACAUGGUGCGCUCUGAAACGCAGCAUCUGGCGAGUCGAUAAAUAAUCUAUGAGAUCAUGCCGGAGCGAUGAGAGACUCGGAAGCUCGGCCGAACUGACGGCUUCGUCUGACACGUCUGAGAGAGCGAGAAGCGAGCGACGAGCCAAGCAGGAAGACAGACGAGGAGAAGAAGAAGAAAGUGAGAGACCGGAAGGAGGUGUUUGGUCGGAACAGAAAAGGCUGGAUGCCAGCAUCCAUCAGCUCCAGGAGCUCCCAGGUGCCUCAGACAUGGCCUCCAACUUCAACGACAUCGUCAAGCAGGGCUACGUGCGGAUGCGGAGCAGGAAGCUGGGGAUCUAUCGGCGCUGCUGGCUCGUGUUUAAGAAGUCCUCCAGCAAAGGGCCGCGCCGGUUGGAGAAGUACCCCGAUGAAAAAUCCGCCUUCAUCAGAGUCUGUCCGAAGGUGACGGAGAUCAGUAACGUUAAAAACGUGACGAGACUCCCGCGGGACACCAAGCGCCAGGCCGUGGCCAUCGUCUUCACUGACGACACGUCCCGCAUGUUCACCUGCGAGUCAGAGCUGGAGGCCGAGGAGUGGUUUAAGACUCUGACCAUCGAGUGUUUGGGUACGCGGCUGAACGACAUCAGUUUGGGAGAACCUGACCUUCUGGCGGCUGGAGUUCAGUGCGAGCACACGGAACGCUUUAACGUGUUCCUGCUGCCGUGUCCCAACCUGGACAUCUACGGAGAGUGCAUGAUGCAGAUCACCCACGAGAACAUCUACUUGUGGGACAUCCAUAAUCCUCGCACAAAGCUGGUCACGUGGCCGCUCUGCUCGCUGCGCCGCUACGGCCGGGACGCCACCCGCUUCACCUUCGAGGCCGGCAGAAUGUGUGACAGCGGUGAAGGACUGUACACGUUCCAGACACGAGAAGGUGAGCAGAUCUACCAAAGGGUUCACUCUUCCACACUAGCCAUCGCUGAGCAGCACAAGAAGGUCCUCAUGGAGAUGGAGAAGAACAGCAGGCUGUUAUCCCAAGGCUCAGACCCAGACUCCUACCCCUGCACACCUACAGCCAUCCUGCCUCGCAGUGCCUUCUGGCACCACAUCACAGGAUCGCAGGGGGCCGUGGACUCGAGUAACGGUGAGAUGUUCACGGCGUCUCAGUCGGGAGCCGAAUCGGACCUGUUCUCCGCGGAGCACCACAAACAUCCUGCACACUUCUCCACUUAACCCGGCCGACGAGGAGCUUCACGGACUCACCUUCAGGUUUCAGGCCUGAACCUUCCUCCGCACUGUCCUCUGCCCUCUUCACGUUUGCUUUCCCCGCGCCGGGGACAGAUCUGCAGUGCCCCGACGCCUGAGUCGGGCCCGGUGGCUGGAGACGUGUCCUGAGAGGGAAUGCACUGUGAAAUGUGAACUACGGAAUAUUUGGAUUUUUUUUUUUUUUCCCAACAGAACAAUAGCGGCGCACGUUUCUAGAAUUUCGUCGACCCUCUGAAAAUGGGGCGGGGCUCUAGGGUUAGAAAGAGCGCCACUGUAUGUCUCUCUCUCUCUCUCUAUGAUAUGCACAAUGAUCAGUAUCUCCGUCUCUGUCUGUGUGUCGUCGGUGCAUGUCCUCUUUGACUGUGGAGCGGUUUUGAGAUUAGUAGCAGGGCUGCGUUUCUUGUAGAUCACUUUGCUUACUGCCGAGGAUGAAUAGAAGAACGCGCAGAACUAGAGUAGGCUUCCGUUUGAACUGUAAAAUGGUUUGUGAGAUUCGCCUGAGAUGUAAGCUGAGGAGGUGGCAGAGGUUCACGAGGAAAACCCGCGGGUGCUUGGGACACUCGAGGAACCCCGGAACACACCACCUGUCACCACCUUCGGUGGUGUUUUCGGUUUUCUUUUUCACCGCUACGAGAUGGAUUCAUACCUUCUUCACGACCUUCUCCAGAAUGUGUCGCGUCACGUAUUUCCUGAAGCUGAUGACUUUACGAAGGAGAGCCGUCAAAAGAAACGAUCUUCUGAGGGUCACGGCUGCGAGAUCCGUCCUUAAUCGGUUCUCUGACGGCGAACCUGCGGGAUGAUGAGGAGGACUUACAUGAGAGAUUGGAUUUCUUUAUUUACGUGAAUCGACCAAGCACAACGUGAACGGGUUUGGGAUGCGCGUUAAAGGAAAACUCCACCCUGAAUCCCACCGUUCGCACCGGUAUUUAUUGACGCCUCGGUCUGCUUUCGCUUCAGGCGACGCUUCCCUGCCGAUAGUGCUGCGGUGAGAUUUAUCCCUGAAGAGAGCGAUGUAGCGGCACUUUAGUCCUUUAGUUCAGUCCCGCUCGCUCACCUCCUCGUCUGUACUCCCAGCUGAAACGGAUCAGCUGUACGGCCGUGUUGCAUUCUGGGACUUCGAGUCCUGUAUCUCCACUACGUCUAAGGAAAAUGUCCCUAAUGAAAACGAAGGAAAAAAUGUAACUAUUACACUCCAUUGUAAGUGCACAAGCAAUAACGAUGACAACAAGAACGCCCCCUGUGACAUCAGAGCGACACACAACCGCUAACUUCUCACAGGAAUAACAACAACAACAACAACAACAGAAUCACUAAACACACCGCUAAUAUCUCAUUCCAAACAUACUCCGUGUGUUUCAGGGUGGAGUUUAACUUCGACUAUAUCACCGCGCUCAUGCUCGUCACUCGAAAGUCCAUGAGUGGAUCCUACGCGCCUCGCUCUGUCCACCAUCGUCCGUUCCACCGCUAACAUUCUGAAUAAACGCUCACGUGCAGAUAUUUUCUUCCGGGUGGGAUUUGGGUUCUCCAGCCUUUAGGAGGUUUGUUCUCUUCAUGUUCCUGAAAUGUGUGGAACAGCCUUAUGUCUAAAUGUUUAAGUGCUUAUUCAAUGCUGGAGUCCAUAAACAUGCAUGCAAACGCACGCGCACACACACACACACACACACACACACACACAUAUAUAUAUGCACAUAAUGUUAUUUAUGUAAAACAAAUAAGGGCUAAAUUUAGAUGUUUGUCUUUUCCAGAGCUCUGCGCGCGCGCGCGCGUGUGUGUGUGUGUGUGUGUGUGUGUGUGUGUGUGUGUGUGUGUGUGUUAGCAGUCUUUGUCUCUCCACAAGGCACAUGUAUAUAAAUCUAUUUAUUUCCGAUGGAGUGAGUACUGUAUGUCAGUCAGCAGAAGGAGAAGGAGGCAGGCGCUGUUCGGUGUGUGUGAUUGUUUGUACGUCUGGUUAGAUGACAAUAAAAGCCAGAAGAUGGACUGCGUUAUAAAUUUCUCGGGCGUCCUGCGCAGUUCUUUGGGGAUAUUUUCCAUAAAGGGGGGAAGAAAAAAAAAACCCACAUCUAUGAGAAAUUUAUGAAUAUGUAAA